AUGCCAUUUGUCGCGUGGGAGAAUCGAGCAGCUGCCAAAAGGGCGGCGGUGCUGAAAGCGAUUCCCUCGGCAUGGCACGUACCUCCUGAUCAAAUACCCCUGGAACAUGACAAUUCAGCGGUCAUUGACCUGCCCGCGCAAUUUCUAUCCGAGGAUGAAAUUACCAUGACCGAAACUCCCCCCAUGGAUACUUUGGCCCACAUCCACGCAGGCAUCUGGAGUUGCGAGGAUGUUAUCCGUGCCUACUGUCACCGGGCAGCUCUUUGUCAUCAAUUUGUGAACUGCCUGACGGAAGUGCUAUUCGAGGAGGCUCUCAAUAGUGCACGCGAGCUGGACCAGUAUCGUCGCGACACAGGCGGUCUCAAGGGCCCGCUGCACGGCUUGCCAGUCAGCUUCAUGGACCGUUUCCGCGUCGCCGGCGCAGAGACAGCCGCCGGCUUUAUUUCAUGGCUCGGGCCUAAGGAGACGGACACCACCGAAUCACUCAUCGUCCGGAAUAUGCGGGCUCUGGGUGUGGUACCCUUCUGUAAGACGAAUAUGCCCCAGAGCAUGAUGAUAGCAGAAACAGCAAACAACAUACACGGCCGGACCAGUAACCCCUAUUCGGGACUUUUAUCCAGUGGUGGCGCUGCAGGAGGCGAGGGAGCGUUGCUGGCGUUGAAAGGCUCCCCCUUUGGCUGGGCCACUGAAUUUGCAGGCUCGGCACGUAUUCCCGCUGCCUUUAACAAUCUGUUUAGCCUCAAGGUUUCUUCUGGUCGCCUUCCCAUCCUGGGGGUCGCCUCCAGCGAGACGAGCCUCCCUACCAGGAAUUCAACCAUCGCCAUGAUGUCCUGGGAUUUCAGCUUGUUGCAAUACGUCGCCAAGCUGUCACUCGGAUCCACUGCGUUCGAUGAGGACCCUACCUGGAUGGAUAUGCCAUGGAGAGAAGCAAAGGUCAGAGAGUUGACGCAGAGGCGUCCAACUUUUGCGGUGCUCGAGUGCGACGGCCACAUCCAGCCUCAGCCGCCCAUUCGGCGAGCUCUUCGGACCAUUGUUCAGUGCUUGAGGCGGGCCAACUAUCAGGUCAUCGAAUGGAACCCCCCAUCUCACGCAGCACCUGUAGAGACAUACUUCAAGAUCAUCGGCGCUGAUGGUGCACAGGCGACCAGAGAACACAUCAAAGCAAGCGGGGAGCCCCCGGUUCCUCUCUUGAGAGAUUGGUAUUACCACCAGCCAAUUGACCCACUGACCCUUUCAGAGUAUCUACGCCUUAUGAAAUCGCUAGAAACGUAUCAAACAGAGUAUCAGAGGUACUGGAAAUCCACCGGCCAAAGUACGACGAGCAGAUUCCCCGUGGACGGGGUGAUCAUGCCCGUCUGCGCAGAUGCUGCUUGCUAUAAGAACAAAUUGACAUAUUACGGAUACAGUGCCAUAGUAAACGUACUCGACUUCGCCGCCGUCUCUUUUCCGGCUGGAUUCAUCGACCGAUAUCUGGACCCAAAGCCCAGUGUCUUCGUCCCGCUCGGCAAGGAGGAUGAAUCCCUGAAUGAUUCAUGCAUGUAUGAUAAUUUCGCAUUCCAUGGAGCUCCGAUUGGUCUUCAAUUGAUGACUCGCAGGACUGAGGAAGAGAAAGCGCUGAAGCUUGUGGAAAUCAUUCUGCAAGCACAAGCACAGUUGCCGAUGUCUGUCUGA